ACAAAAAUAGAGGCGAAAAGGCAAAAGCCGGAGCGAGCGGAGCUGGAGUGACGUGGAGCCGCUCGCUCUCCAAAUCUGAUCAGUAUUAAAUAUUACAGUGUUAUUUAUUACAACAGUCGGCGGCGAUGGAGGGCGGGAAGCGCACGCGGGAGGAGAUGGACUGCGUCACACCGGAGAAGCGCUCGCGCGGAGGGGAGAUAAACACGUGCCAGCAGCGCGAGCUCAGGGAGAACAACCUCAAGGCAAUGGAACUCCACACCCUCUCAGAUGUUCAGCUGCAGAAGCUCGGCAUAGAGUCCCUGGAGUCCAGACAACAGCUCCUCCAUUGCCUCCAGAAAUGCUGGCAGUUUUCAAAUGAACCCAUGAAGGUUUUUAAUGACCCCAUCCACGGCCACAUUGAGCUUCAUCCUCUUCUGGUUCGUAUCGUAGACACUCCUCAGUUCCAGAGGCUGCGGCACAUCAAGCAGCUGGGAGGAACAUACCUGGUGUUUCCUGGAGCAUCACACAAUCGUUUCGAACACUCAGUAGGGGUUGGCUAUUUAGCAGGCAGCCUUGUUCAAGCUCUAAAUGAGAGACAGCCUGAGCUCCUUAUAAGCAAACAAGACAUCCUGUGUGUUCAGAUCGCAGGGCUCUGCCAUGAUUUAGGCCAUGGCCCAUUUUCUCAUAUGUUUGAUGGCAUGUUUAUUCCUAAAGUCCGACCUGAGAUGAACUGGAAGCAUGAGACCGCCUCAGUGCAGAUGUUUGACCAUCUAGUGAAGGUGAAUAAUUUGGAGCCUGUGAUGGAGAAGUACGGCCUCUCACUGCCAGGUGACCUCAUCUUCAUCAAGGAGCAAAUCGCAGGACCUCUGGAUAAUAUUGCCUCGGGCAGUAAGUGGCCAUACAAGGGCAGAUCAGAGGAGAAGUCUUUUUUGUAUGAGAUUGUGGCGAAUAAAAGAAAUGGCAUUGAUGUGGACAAGUGGGACUAUUUUGCAAGAGACUGUUAUCACCUGGGCAUCCAGAACAAUUUUGACUACCAUCGUUUCCUCAAGUUUGCCCGAGUGUGUGAUGUGAAGGGGAAGAAGCACAUCUGUACCAGAGACAAGGAAGUAGGUGAUUUAUAUGACAUGUUUCACACACGGAACUGUCUGCACCGCAGAGCCUACCAGCACAAAGUGGGCAACAUCAUUGAGGUUAUGAUAACAGAAGCCUUGGUGAAGGCAGAUCCUCACAUUCAGAUCAGAGGUUCUUCAGGAAAGAUGUACAAAAUGUCAGAGGCCAUAGAAGACAUGGAGGCUUACACCAAGCUCACAGACCACAUCUUUGAGCAGAUCCUUUACUCCUCCAACCCUGAACUGUCUGAAGCUCAGGCCAUCCUCCAGAACAUCAUCUGCAGGCAGCUGUACAAAUGUGUGGGCCAAACCACACCUGAGACACAACUCAAUGUUUCACAGGAAAUGUUGCUAGAGUGGUCCAGCGAGGUGGCCAACUCCAAACCUCAUGGUACUGAAGUGGAUCUGCAGCCUGAGGAUUUUGUAGUCAGCGUGAUCUAUAUGGACUAUGGCAUGAAGGACAAAAAUCCCAUCAACAGUGUCCACUUCUACUGUAAGAACGACCCCAAUAAGGCAAUCAAGAUCCGCAAGAACCAGGUCUCUAAGUUGCUGCCUGAGAGAUUUGCUGAGCAGCUGAUCAGAGUUUACUGCAAGAAGACAGACGAGAGGAGUUUAGAGGCUGCCAAGAAGUACUUUGUCCAGUGGUGCAUGAACAGGAACUUCUCCAAACCUCAGGAUGGUGAUGUCACAGCACCAGAACUCACUCCGUUAAAGCGGGACUGGCAAACCGAUGAUGACGACAGUGAUGAAGGUGGACGAGGAAGCCGAUUGCCAGUGAAUGGUGAACGGAGUGUUAAAACAAACCUGUUUAAUGCUCAGUAGGCAAGGCCUAGCUUAAGCACGGCACCCUCUGAUGGUGAUGUGAAUGAUCUGCAUUUUGUUUGUACCUCAACCACCAGAGGGCAGUAGUUCUAUUUAUUACCAGUUAGAGGAAGAUGCAGCCUUUACUACGAAACGAUCAGACCGCCUGCUGACUUCCAGAAAGUUCUUCAACCAUCUUUCUUGUCUGUAGCAUACAGCGGAAUAUCAUGGACAAUAAUUUCCCUGAAAAUAGAUGACCUAUUGGCUCAAAAUGCACUUGUAAUGCAAGAAAAUAGCCAGUAACUGUGUGCUGGUUUCUUUUAAUAGUAUCUUUUGAGUCCACAGGCUUUCUUUUCAAGGAAAACAUUGAAAUGACUGUAUUUGAUAACUGAUUUUGUGCUAGAGGUGCAGCAGAUUGAGAUUAGACAGUACAUUUCCUUUUAAACAUUUUAUCUGAAACUUUUAUUUUUGCAUUCCUUUUAUUUGGUUCCACAUUGUGGCUCUUUCUCAGUGUCUGGAUUCUCAUGAAUAUAUCAUGUUAUUUUGUCUAUCAUGCUCUUCAUCAUGUGUGUUCUUCUGUCUCUGAAUCACACCGACAUACAGCAUCAUUGAGCUUGUCCAAAUCGGAAAGUUGCUCAAAUGUCUAUAGCUUGAACAGUCCGCCUGUUUAUGCUGUUGUGUGAAUAUGUUUUGGUUUUAUGCCACUUUACUGCUGCCUGAAAUAUGCAUGUGCGUUCUCCCUGACUAAUAUUUCCCAUUUCAAAAUUUUCCAAGAACUGCAGGAAAAAAACCUCAAUAUUAAACAUUUUACUUUUGUGUUUUAUUUAUUGAGUUACUAAGCAAAGCAGUGCUUGUGGAACGACAGUGAUAAUGUAUUUGAGUGUUUACUUUGCAUGUUAGGUGUUUGGGUUUGUGUUUGACUGCUCUGUGUUUGUUUAUUUUUUUAGUGUUAUUUGAAUAUUUGCGUAUUCAGCGCAUAUAUACACUGCAUUUAAGUUUGGUUUUUCUUUUGCUUUAGAGUCUUUACAAGCCUGCAGUUUUGCCAUUCCACCACCAUCAGUCCGCCAUCAGUCUCAGCACUAAAAUGCUUUUUUCAUUUGUUUGCAUUUGAAGAUUAUGCACUUUUUUUGAAGAUGUAAGAUGUUCACAAGAGGGUCACGUGCAGUGGUGUGUGUAUUUAUUUUGUACACAUUUAAGGAUGUUUGAAAAGAGCUGAAGGUAUUUUGUAUUGAUUGUAAUAAGUGUAAAGGGGCAAACUGUAUUUGGCCGCAGGUGAUAAAUAAAGCAGGCUCUGGCUACCACCAGA